AUGGCCGUCCGACGGCUACGGUGUUUGGAGAAACGUUUCAAAGCAAAUCCUGCGAUAUUCGAGAAAGUCCAACGCCAAAUAGUCCAGUACCAGCAGAAGGGAUACAUCCACGAAGCUUCGAAGCAAGAAUUGACAGCAGUGGACCCGGGUAAGCGAUGGUACCUUCCAAUUGGCAUAGUGCAGAACCCCAAAAAGCCGAACAAGAUUAGAAUCGUGUGGGACGCAGCAGCGACAGUUGACGGCAUCUCCCUGAACAGUAUGCUGCUUAAGGGACCGGAUCUAGUGCAACCACUACCAGAUGUGCUCUGGGGAUUCCCGGAGCGGAAGAUUGCCGUGGUGGGAGAUAUCAUGGAAAUGUUCCACCAGCUGAAAAUGCGACGCGAGGACCGAUACAGUCAACUGUUCCUCUGGCCCGGUGAAAAUGGUGCCUCUCUGAAGACCUUCGUUAUCGACGUAGCAACCUUUGGUUCGACAAGCUCUCCGUGCUCGGCGCAAUACGUAAAAAACCUUAAUGCGGCCGAACACGCGAUCGAGCGCCGACACUACGUUGACGACUAUCUGCAAAAUUUCGACAGCGAAGAAGAGGCGUGCCAGGUGGUUGAAGAAGUCAAUCUGGUGCAUCGGCGUGGUGGAUUUACGAUCCGCAACUGGCUGUCCAAUUCUGUGGCAGUUCUCCGACGGGUCGGGGAAGUCAGUGCUGGUACAGUGAAGAUCGUCGACAAUGGCGGUUCCCAAAUAGAACGCGUACUGGGCAUGCAGUGGAUGGCGAUCGAGGAUGUUUUCGUUUUCUCCAACGAAGUCGACGUGGCGGCAGUCACUCCCACCAAGCGAGGCAUCUUGCGCUGCGUAAUGAGUCAGUUCGAGCCACUGGGGCUCCUCUCACACUUCCUCAUUCACGGACGUGUUAUCAUCCAGGAUAUUUGGCGCACGAAAGCUGGAUGGGACGAUACGGUCGACGAUUCGAUUCUGGAGCGUUGGCAGCUUUGGGCAACCAAGUUCAAGCAACUGAGAGCAAUACAGAUACCUCGUGCCUAUUUCCCGAGCGCAACAGCAACAGACAUCGAAGACUUGCAGCUGCAUAUCUUCGUCGACGGCAGCGAGACUGCUUACGCUUGCGUCGCCUACUUCAGGGCCGUGAUCCAAGGAAACUUCCACUGUGCGCUCGUCGGAGGAAAGACGAAAGUGGCACCACUGAAAGCACUCUCCAUUCCCAGAUUGGAGCUGCAAGCGGCGCUCAUAGGCUGUAGGCUGAUGAAAACUCUAUGCAAUAGUCACAGUCUGCCAAUUUCGCGACGAGUAUUUUGGACCGACUCGAAAACCGUCCUUUCUUGGAUCAAUUCCGAUCAUCGACGCUACCGGCAAUUCGUCGCCUGUCGAAUAGGCGAGAUACUAUCUAAAUCGAACGCUCAAGAGUGGCGAUACGUUCCGUCAAAGAUAAAUGUGGCAGAUGAUGGAACAAAGUGGGGAAGUGGUCCUAAUCUGCAAUCUGACAGUCGUUGGUUCAAGGGGCCGGAGUUCCUGUGGAAGGCAGAAGUGUUUUGGCCACAUCAAGUCGAACCAGAGCAAGUCGAAGAGGAAAUCAGACAGUGCAACGUCCACCUAGUUGCGGAGCGGAGCGAAGUUAUCGAUUGGCACCGCUUCUCCAAGUUCGAAAGACUUAGGCGAACAGUCGCCUAUGCUCACCGCUUCGUGGACAACUGUCGACGGAAGAUUUUAAAGCAGCCACUACAGUCAUCGCAUGUCAAUCAGGAGGAAUUCAUUAAGGCUGAGAAUACACUCUGGCGACUGGCUCAGCAAGCUGAGUUUCCGGAGGAAAUGUUCCAGUUACAGCAGGCGAAAGAAGGGCGAAAAACGAAACUGGAUAAAACUAGUCGCAUCUACAAAUUGUCGCCGUUUAUCGACGAAGCCGGCGUCGCUAGGAUGGACACACGCAUCGCGGAGGCAGUCUUCGUAUCGUACGACACCAAAUUCCCAAUCAUUCUUCCGAAAGGUCAUCGUUUAACCAACCUGGUCAUCGAGUGGUACCACCGUUACUACCUGCACGCAAACAACGAAACCGUAAUCAAUGAAGUCCGCCAGCGAUUCCACAUCCCCUGUCUUCGGACGCUGGUGCGGAAUCUCUCAAAAAAGUGUAUGCAGUGCAGAGUAAUGAAAGCGAAACCGACGUAUCCGAGAGAAGCACCCCUUCCUGAGGCGAGACUCAGUCCGCAUAUUCGGCCGUUUAGCUUCGUCGGCCUGGACUACUUCGGACCCAUCUUAGUCAAGGUUGGACGAUCUUUGGUCAAGCGAUGGGUAGCGCUAUUUACCUGCCUUACCAUCAGGGCCGUCCAUCUAGAGGUGGUCCACUCGUUAUCCACCGAGGCGUGUAAGAUGGCUUUUCGACGAUUCGUAGUGCGUCGGGGAGCCCCCUUGGAAAUCCGAAGCGACAACGGUACCAACUUCAGUGGCGCCAACCGAGAGUUACAGCAGCAGAUUAAGGAGAUGAAUCAACAACUGUCCGAGGUUUUCACCAACGCAGUUACCAAGUGGGUGUUUAAUCCACCAUCCGCUCCCCACAUGGGCGGAUCAUGGGAGAGGCUCGUCAGGUCAAUUAAAACAGCAUUCUCUACACUGACAACCAACCGAAAUCCAGAUGACGAGACUCUUCUCACAUUAAUGACCGAGGCAGAAGGGAUAGUCAAUUCUAGACCAUUGACGUACGUGGCACUCGAAGCGGAGACACAGGAAGCACUCACGCCAAACCAUUUCUUGCUCCUGAGCUCGCAAGGCGUCACCCAACCUCCGAUCCCGAUUCCGGAACGCCCGGAGUCCCUACGGACCAACUGGCGACUGGCAACAAAUUUGGUGAAUCAAUUCUGGAGUCGUUGGAUUCAGGAGUACCUCCCAAUCAUCGCGAGCCGAACCAAGUGGUACGAAGAGGCGAAGGAACCGAAGGUGGGAGACCUAGCUGUCAUCGUCGUGCGGAACGGAUGGCUGCGCGGACGGAUUAUUUCCGUCAUCAAGGGACGUGAUGGGCGAAUCAGACAGGUGCUGGUGAAGACGUCUGGAGGCGUGCUACGGCGACCUGUGACCAAGGUUGCUGUUUUAGACAUUGUGGUCGUAGACAACGAUCUAGUGGAGAGUAACGCAGUACCACCAAAAGCGCUGGACGUGCAUUACGGGUCGGGGAUGUUGGGGGCGCCCUACGUCACUGUUACUCGAUAG